GUCAGCACAAUCCAGAGGCGUUUCUCAAUACUCAAAUAAACAAAAGUAGGCCUUGAGAAACGGACAGAUAAAUACUGACUCUUGUUUUGAAAGUCUGCUAUCAGCUUUAGCCUAGCAACUGCGCAUGUGUGUCCGGUGGAGAAUGUUGGUGUUGACUGCAGCUAGAUGCUUUAGUGGAUCAAUUAGUCUUUUUACAUAAUCUAGAUCUACCCUCUUAGAUUAGUGGCCGGUUGGAUUACAGACCCAGGAGGAUGUAGGUAACAACUCCCAGCAUUCAUCUGAUACCGAGAACUCUUAAACGGUUCUUUCCAGUUUAGCUCUUUGUCACAUAUUCUGUGCAUUUAGAUGCAGGGAAACUUGAGUGUUUUCUGCAUCAGGCUCUGCUGAUCGGCGUAUUUUUCAGUUCAGACGGACAGAGUGGGUCAUGCGGUGGCUCUGCUCUGCUUGGACCCGAGGACUGCAGUUGCUGCGGUCUUUGCUGUGAAUAUCACUGCACAGAUAGCUCGACUUGCUAAAUCCGAUAUAAAAAACGUUUUCGAGUUUGUGUAAAACAAGAGUAUAAUUCAUGUCUCAGUCUUUCCACUCUACAGGAUUUCGCUUCUACGUGUAUUUUGAACCGCUGAGAUUAUUUCCAGCCGAGGUUUCCAGUGCAGCAUGUGAUUAGCCUUCAUUAGCAAAGUGAAUGGACUGUUAGCCACCGGGGAGCUAAAGCAGCUAACAACAGAGACUGAACCAGUGUUUCCGAGGUUGACGCUUUUUGAAUAUAGUUAUAGUUUGGAAGACGUCAAGUCAAUCCGAAGUGACACACUAAAUUUAUUUGACUGUGCGGGAAGGACCACCUCCUCUGAUCCUUGUUGUUCAGCUGAGGACCAAGAGACUGGGGACAGUUGCAGAGUGGAACCAGAACCUCUGACCAAGUUGAUUGUUCGUGGCUAAAACUUAGCUCUACUAGAACAUGUGAAGGUUGCAAACAAGGAUUGUGAAAUGGAGAAUCUCAAGUUGAUCAAGGAUGUCUGAGAUGAUGAAGGUUGAAGCAGAAGACCCUGGGGGGCUCAGUUUGGAGCCCCCCAUACCUGCAGCAUCCACAUCAGAACUGGAGCAGAAACAAGACAGCAAAGAUCUCAUCCAUCAGAUGUUCAUGAUUAAAGUGGUUCCCCAUGACUGGAGCCCCAGUUUGGACCAAGAGGAUCCAGAGCCCCCCCACAUUAAGGAGGAAGAAGAAGAACUGUGGAUCAGUCAGGAGGAAGAGCAGCUUAUUGUGAAGAUUGAAGAUGAUGAGAAACCUCAGUUUUCAAAGCUUCAUCACAUCGAAAUUGAAGACAACAGAGAGACUGAAGCUCCAACCAGCAGCUCAGCUGAACAGAUGGAAACGGAACGUGCUGGAGAGGACUGUGGAGAACCAGAACCAGAGAGGACCCCUGAUCCAGUAUGUUCUACUCCACAAACUAAGAUGGCUUCCCACAAAAGAGUUAAAACAUCUAAGUUGGCUCCAACUGGAGUCCACACAGAAGAUAAGCCAUUUUGCUGCCAUAUUUGUGGCAAAAGUUUCAAACGUAAUGCUCAUAUAAAAUUACAUAUGAUGACUCACACGGCAGAGAGGGAACAUAGCUGUGAUCUCUGUGGUAAAGGAUUUAAAGAAAAGAGUUCUAUUCAGACGCAUAUGAGACUCCACACUGGAGAGAAACCAUUUUCCUGCGAUGAUUGUGGUAAAAGAUUUCAUGCAAAGACGAACCUUAAAACUCACCUGAAGGUCCAUUCAGUAGAGAAACCAUUUUCAUGUGAUAUUUGUGGUACAAGAUUUAAAAGAAAGGAAAAUAUAAAAAAGCACAUGAGGAUCCACACUGCAGAGAAACCAUUUGUUUGUAGCGUUUGCAACAAAGGAUUUUCACUGCAAGAGACACUAAAGAGACACAUGCAUGUCCACACAGGAGAGAAACAGUUUAUUUGCAGUGUUUGUAGUAAAGGGUUUUCAUUAAAACAUAAUCUUAAAAGCCACAUGGAAGUUCACACCGCACCGUUUAGUUGCAGUGAGUGUAGUAAACGGUUCGUGAAGGAAAUCCAGUUAGAGCGACAUAUACGAGUCCACUCAGAGGAGCGACCGUUUGGCUGUGAUGUCUGUAGAAGCAGAUUUUAUCAAAAGUGUCAACUGGAGAAUCACUUGAGGGUCCAUUCAGGAGAGAAACCGUUUGUUUGUAGCAUUUGCAGCAAAGGAUUUUCACAACAUGGAGAUAUGAAGAGACACAUGGGUGUUCACAAGGGCUGUAACUAAACUUUAUUUUAAUAAUCAACUAAUCUGGAUCUAAAAUACUGUAGACAAGCCAAUCCAGAUACAUUUUUGAGUGAUAACUCGCAGCUAAAAUUCACACUGAACCCGCAAGUUUUUACUGAGGCUGCCUCUACAAAGAUUUGCCUUUUUAAAUAUGAAUUAUAUGUGUAAAGUGUAACCGUCCAGCCUGGUUAAAAAAAUAAGAUGAAGCCCUUAUUAUUUAUGUUGAUAAAAACCUGUGUGUACAAAAUGUCUAAUUUAACCAGUCUGAACAUGGAGUGUAACUCUUUCAUGAAUUACAGUAGACUGCAACAUAUCUAUGUAAUGUAAAAUUAACUUGUCCUUACUGACUGCACGUAUUAUACGUUUUUCUGUCUUAAAUUUGGUUAUUUUAUAUAUUAACAUUAUGUACAUCUGGGCCGCACUGUAUAUGGUAAAUAUGUGUCUCUCGCAAAUGACUCUUUUGGAUUGCAGUAAUUGUUGAGUGUCAUGAAUACACAUUUUGCAUGCCCUUAAGAAAUUCAGCCUGUUGGACAGAUAAAUGACCUGGUCUGGUUUACUUCUUGUAACUGUUGUUUACACAUUUGACAGAACAUCCCUGAAACCAAAGAGAAAACUGAAAUAAUUUCUAAUUCAGUCUGUAUUUACUACAUACUGUGUAAUCUGUUAUUUAUUAAAGCAUUUACCUAA